CAGUCGGUGAGCGCGGCUCCCCCCGGCCGGUGCACAGCCCAGGACGGCGCAGUGACAUGGAGCUGACGGCGCGAUACCUGGCGGUGGCCGCCCUGCUGGCGGUGGUCGCGCACCGUGCCACAUCCGCCGCCCUCAAAGACAUGGACCCGGGCAUCGUCGCCGAGUCUGCGGCGUACCUGGCCAAGUACGGGUACAUCAGCUCCAGCAGCGGCGACGGCAGGACCAGCGCUCUCCGCUCACUCGAGAACGACAUCGCCGAGUUCCAGCGCUUCGCAGGACUUAACGUCACAGGCGAGCUGGACCAGGCGACGCUGGAAAAGAUGCGGCAACCUCGCUGCGGCGUCAAAGACAAGAUCGGACCGAGCACGCGCAACCGGCGCAGGAAGCGCUACGCCCUCCAGGGCAGCCGGUGGCGGACGCGCGACAUCAAGUACAAGAUCGAGAGCUGGCCGUCCAGCGUCACGGACAAGAGCGCAGUGCGAGAGGUGAUCCGCAAGUCGUUCCAGGUGUGGGCCGACGUGUCGUCACUCUCGUUCCGGGAGGUCGGCCCCUACGAGAAGGCGCAGAUCGUCAUCAGGUUCGCGCGGGGCGACCACGGCGACGGUGACCCGUUCGACGGUCGGGGCGGUACUCUGGCGCACGCUUUCUUCCCGCUGUACGGCGGCGACGCGCACUUUGACGACUCGGAGCGCUGGUCGGCCGGCGACAGUCUCGGCACGGAUAUCUUCAUGACCGCCUCACACGAGUUCGGUCACAGUCUGGGCCUGUCGCACUCGGACGACCAGCGCUCGCUCAUGGCGCCCUUCUACAAGUCGCCGCCGAGAGACGGAGGCACUAACGUACUCCGGGAGGACGACGUUCUUGGAAUUCAGGCGCUCUACGGUCCGGCCCCGGAGGCGCCCACGCCGCCGGAGAACCGUCCCACCACGCGGAGGCCGCUGCAGAAGGCUGCCAGCGGCGAGGACCCGAUCCUGUGCGCCGACGGAGCGGUGGACGCCAUGAUCACUGCCGGCUCGCAGAAGCAGACGUACGUCUUCAAGGGCGCCCACUACUGGCGGCUGACCGACACCGGCAUCGAGAAGGGCUACCCGCGCCUCAUCAGCCACUACUGGAAGGGCGUGCCUGACGACAUUGACGCCGCCUUCAGCUGGCCGCAGACCAACCGCAUCUACUUCUUCAAGGGCAACAAGUACUGGCGAAUGACCAGCUUCAAAAUGGACCCCGGCUAUCCGAAACUGAUGUCCGAGGGCUUCCGCGGUAUUCCGUUCAACGUGGACGCGGCGUUCCGGUGGACGGGCAACGGCAAGAUCUACUUCUUCAAGGGCGACCAGUACUGGAAGUUCGACCCGAGCCGCGGCAGCGAGCCCGUCUCCAGCUCCUACCCGCAGCCCGUCUCCAACUGGGGCAACCUGCCAGGAAACCUGGAUGCCGCCGUCACCUACUCCAACGGGCGCUCCUACUUCUUCAAGAAGGGAUACUACUAUCGCUUCGACGACGCCAGGUUCCAGGUGGACGAGGCAGACCCGCCGUACCCGCGGCCGGCCGGGUACUGGUGGUUCGGCUGCAAGAGUCAGUCGUCCAGCCUGCGCACGGGACUGGACGCCGGCACCGGCAUGAGCCGAGGCGGCGUCAGCUUCAGCCAGCGGCGGACCGGCGCCGGGCCGUCCGCUGACGACGACGUAGAGCGUCGUCGCCGGCUGUUCCGCGUGCUGACUACCAUGCUGAAUCGCCGGAGGGCGUACCGGCAGGGCUAGUGGGUUGGUGGAGGUCAGGUCAGAGCAGUGAUGGCCUUCGGUGACGAGAACGUACCGGACCAGGCACGGAACACGGCACGGCGGCCGGCCGACUCCGGCUGGCGGCUGGCGGCCGGUCUCCUGCUGACCGCCGUCUUGGUCACCGCGGCACGGUCCGAGCUCUGACAGAACGCGCUCCUACUGUGAUGGACGCCGGCGCGUCAUCAGAGCCCGCCGGACUGCGACUGUGCUCCCGCUGCUCCACUGUGCGUCGGCUCCACUGUGCGUCGGCUCCGCUCUAGGAAUGUCCGACCAUGUUCUCACGACGCUGUGCGAUGCCGAGCUAUGCUGAGUGACCGUCCGACCGAGGACCGCAGCGCGGCGCGGAAGGGGACGGCUCGCCGCUGACCCAGCUCACCCCAGCUGUGUCGAGUGGUGCCGACCGGUCCGCCUCGCUUCGUACCGCGCUGCGGUGCGCUCUCGUCUGCGGCAGUACGCUUUGUGUGCCGGCAAGGACAGCUAUGCAUUUUGCAGCCAUACGUACGGGCAUGGACUGGUUCCAGCGCGGUGGUGCUUUGGGCCGUUUGGUACGGUCUGAGAUUGUUUCGAUGCGAUGGUUGACGUUGUGGGUAUAAAUGUCUAUCGGCAUCGGUUAGAGAUUGACUAUCAAUCGUAUUCAGAUCUUCAGAUGCAGAUCUCUUUGAAAACUGAGAAGAUUUGAAACGUCACUCACAUGGGUCGGCUAUGGUUAUCCAUUGUUGUCCGGAGCUUUAUAAGAGCAUAAGUGGUGCACAAUGUAUGAAUACGCUGUCAGAGGGACCAUUAUUCGUUUGUUUUUACGAAGAGCUACCGGAGUAUUGCAGUUAAGAAGAAUGACUGUAGAGGGCGACAUUUCGUGAAGCGCGCGUCGGUUUGAUCUAAAUAAGUCAUCACCUUCAUCGCAUUCUGUCAUCUUCCGCAUUCAUCAUCAUCACCAAUGUACCGUCAACGUUGCCGUUCGUGCUUUUUGUGUAGCAUUGAAGGAGGCCGAUCUUGACGAUACGACGCAUGUAAUUAUUUUGUUAAUCUUCUUUGAAGUUACAGCUAGAGCAAUUAUCCAUCUAGGUUGAACAAACCAUUUUCGAAAUUCCUGCCUUUCAAUUGUGUUUCCUUAGAAAUGAAAAGUAAGGUAUCGAUUUUGGCCUCUAUUCUUCUUUGGCUGAUAACACAUAUUUUUGGAGUUCAUUAGCUAUCGCUCUCCUUUCCAAGUGAUGUUUCCUUGCCCUUGUUUAUUUGCAUUCAAGCGAGAGACCAAAUAAACGUUGCAUUAUGAACUGAA